GAGUUGUUAGUUGCAGGCGAGUAUCGAAGUUGGAUUGUGGCCAAAAUGCGAACGCGCAUCGAAAACGAAAGCGAGAGUGAAAAAAAGGUGAAUUUUUCCAGUGUAAAAAAUGCAAAAGAGAUUGAAGCUCAAGCGGAAAUUAAUGGAAACAACCUUUUAUGCAAUUAAAGUGUGCAGUGAUUUUCAAUAAAAGAUUUAUAUGCUGAGUGCAAACAAUACAUACAUAAGUAAAUAGUUCCUGGAAAAUAAAGUGCUGCCUAUUUUUCUGAUUGUUGCAGCAUAGCUGCGUAUUACAUAAAGCGCAUUAGCCCACUGGCACACACACACACACACACACACACGCGUACAUACAUUCAACACGUUGCAGCAUAGCUUACACUGGUGGAGCACCCCAUUUAUUUACCGCUACGUGCGCACAGCUCAAAUCUACUGCGGCUGUGUGUGUGUUCGCCCAACUAACCGACUUAUCGAGUGCCCAUUCGGAUCUGCAGCAAAAAAAAAAACACAACAACACAAUAAACCAGCUGCCAGCCAUACAACUGGUUAAACGGCAAAUCAGCAAAUCAACUUGCGAUCGCACCCGCAUCACUCAUCCAGCCAGUCAGUGCGCUUCAAUUGAUUGCAAUUGCCGGCCUGACCACCGCUGUCAAUAUGAAGUGUCGUUGCAUUGUCGAUUUUAUUGCCGUGGCCGUUGUCAUUGCAGCGGCCAGUGGUCUAAUUAUUUUCGCCAUAGCAAUGCAGAACUCCAGCCGCCGCGUGGAGCGAAAGUUGGCGGCGCAUGAAACCAAUUUAACGAAAAUUGCUGAACAAUUGAUGUUUAUAGGCACAACAAAACCAACCGAUGCUAAGCUGGUGGUAAAUACCAUUAUUAACGAACUAACAACCGAAGUAGGAAGUUUGGCAAAUGUAAUAGAAAAUACAAUAACAAAUAAUAAAAGUGCCGUUACAAAUUAUACUGACAAUGUGUCAAUGAUAAUAGAGCCCGUGGCCGCCGCGCAGGCCUAUGAAGAACCUAGAAUUCGUUUAGCAACAAGUGCAACGAUCCCAACAACAACAGUGACAGCGGUGGAAACUGAAAUGCCGGGUUAUAUAACCACGUUUAAUGCAGCAGUUAUUCCAACAACCAUUACAACAACAAGGAUAGCAAGACUGAGAGCGAAACCAGUGGCGGCAGCCAUCGUGGCAGCAGCACGCGCAGCCAGCGACUCAUUUGAGGAGUCAACCGCAUGGAAGACACUAACGUCACAUCCAAAUUCAUUGGUUCAACUCUUUCCGUCACGUGCCAUGCGAGUCGUGCAAGAGGUGGUCAGAUCGUUGCGUAAAGACACAAAUGUCAUAGUCCAAACCUCUUUGGGUAAAGUUCGUGGACGUUUCCAGAAAUACAGAUCUGGCGAACGAGGUGGCUACUACAGUUUUAAGGGCAUACGCUAUGGUGAAGCACCAAUAGGAACUAGAAGAUUUCGUGCUGCUGAGCCGGAGAAGGCUUGGUUCGGCGUACGCGAUGCAUCACGCGAGGGAAACAGCUGUCCGCACAAGAAUAUGAUUCUGGACACUUUUAAGGGCAGCGAGGACUGCCUCUUUUUGAAUGUCUUCACCACACAACUACCCAAGGCGGAUGAUGAACAACUUUUGCCGGUUAUGGUUUGGCUACAUGGCGGCGGCUAUUCAUUCGGCUCCGGCAAUACUUUCCUUUAUGGUCCUGACUACUUAGUUGCAGAGGAUAUUGUUUUGGUUACACUGAACUAUCGUCUCGGUCCCUUGGGAUUUUUGACUGCCGGUCCAGACGCGCCAGGCAAUCAAGGAUUGAAGGAUCAAGUGCUCGCCUUAAAAUGGGUGCGUGAUCACAUUGCGGCUUUCGGUGGUGAUCCAAGGCAGGUGACAGUUUUCGGAGAGUCGGCUGGAGGCUCAAGCGUACAAAUGCUACUUCUAUCACCGCUAGCUGAAGGCCUCUUUCAACGUGCUAUCUCACAAAGUGGUUCGGCGUUAAACCCUUGGGCGAUGGCUGAAAGUUCGUCUGAACGCGCCUUCCGAUUGGCCGCCAAUUUGGGAUACGUGGGCGCCAAUGAUACCGCAGAGAUAUUGGAAUUUUUGCGUCGUGUGCCUGCAAUGAAAUUGGUUGAAGCUGCACCCACAACGCUUACAGCUGAAGAUUCACGUAACAAUAUUGGUUUACCAUUUGUGCCAAUUGUGGAGGGUUAUUGGAACGCACAGGGCGAAAGUGAGGUGUUCUCUGAAGAACCUUUCAUCACAAAACACCCUAACGAAAUAUACGACAAACGUCAGUUUCACAGCAAGGUGCCAUAUAUGACGGGCUAUAAUACGCAUGAGGCGAUGCUCUUCAUACGGAGACUGCGAAAGAAUCCAAAUCUACUGGAAAUAAUCGAGAAUGAUUUUUCGCGUAUGGUUCCACGUGAUUUGAACGUCACAGAUGAGCGUGAACGGGUAACGCGUGACAUCCGUCAAUUUUAUUUGGGUAACAAACAAGUGGGUGUCGAGUCAGUGGACGAAAUGAUUGCACUCUUAACGGAUCUGAUGUUCCUGCAGGGCAUACGCAAAACUGCGCGUAAUCACGCCAAAUAUGGCAAUGCGCCUGUGUAUAUGUACCGUUUUUCGUACGAUGGUGCACUGGGACUCUAUAAACGCAUGUUGGGCAUUACAAGGCCAGGCGUAUGUCAUGGUGAUGAAAUGGGUUAUUUAUUCAAAUUCGGUUUCUUCAACUUAAGCUUGGAUCCCCGAUCAACAGAGGUGCUUGUGAAGAAUCGUAUGGUGCGCAUGUGGACGAAUUUCGCCAAAUAUGGCACUCCCACACCGCAAAAUGAAGAGGACACAAUGUUAACCACGAGCUGGGAACCGAUAAAUCCGCAGACUGUGAUGGAAGAUAUCAGUUAUUUGGAUGUCUCUGUUAAUAUGAACAUGCGUAGCAAUCCAGAAGCUGAACGACAAGAGUUCUGGGACUAUAUGUACAAGCACUUUAAUGGCGCCGCAAUGUAGUCUGGCAUAAAUCUGCAAAAUCUCCGCUAAAAAAUGCAUUUCACUCGUCUAAAUUUCAUUAGCAAUGCCAUAAAUCAAUAUGUAAUAUGUCACAAAAGAACAUAAGCCAAGAAAGAAUCCGAAUUACAUUGAAAUGAAAUAUGAAGGCACUGAAAUUGGAGUUUUACGCAAUUUUAAUUAAUGUUACUGUUAUAGUUAGAUUUUGAAAUUACCAGAAAAUUAUGUAAACAUGCUGUUCCCAGCUCCAAUUUCAAUUAUUUGCCCAACAAUCAGCGAUCAUUUGCCGCUCACUGCAUUUUAAUAUAUUCAUACUUAUUAAUUUAAAUACUAUUAGUUUUACAUUAGCUGUAAUAUUCGUAGUUUAGCUUUAAGCACCAUUUCGUAGCAUUUCAUAUAUCCAGAGCAUUUACAAUAUUUAUAGCUGUAUAAUUUUUAUACACAGGAAAUUAAAGUAUUGUAAGGUGGCAAGUGCAUUUUUCGGGCUUAUAACUUUAAGGCCGAAUGAUAUAUCAAACAAACUUUUGCACAGAAACGCUGAUUUGUUUUGGUUAUAACGUUCUACGCAAAAACUUUUAACAGAUCAUUUGGUUUUACAGUAUAAGCCCGAAAAAGACAAUGGUCAUGUUAUAAAAUUUUUAAAUUCCUGAAGAUUUGACCAUAUGUAUCUAUGCAUGUGUAUACAAAUAUGUAGUUACUUUUUUUCAUUUGUACAUAGUCCAAUUUCUUUAGUUAUUGCCUCACUUAAAUUAUCAUUCUAAAUUUUAAGAUUUUAUAAAUGCGAAUUUUGUUGAACAGUUAA